CCCUUUCUUGCCAUUGCCUAAAGAGGAGCGCGUGGGCAGGGCCAGCCCCAAUCCCGAGACUCUUAUCUGUCGCCACAGCAACAGACCCCCACAAUCAGGACGGCGUUUUUUCGGGGGCAGGGGUGUGGGCCGGCACGUGUGGGACUUGUCCUGCUGCUCAGCAGGAAGGUUGCCCCCCCCAGGCAGUGGCAGCCGCUGGCUCACUGCGCUCGCAGCGCGCCUGUGCCUUUAAGAGUGGCCCCUCGCCGGCACCUCCUGUAGAGCAGUGGGGAGGCGGAUCGCUCCCUGCCUUUCUUCUGCCUCAGUUGCUUCAGAGAGAUUUCUGUCAACAAACCCUGCCUGACUGCCAGCGUCCAUCCACCUCGUCUCUGCCACCGCUGCGCCACCUGGGACUCCACGCUGCUCACCUGCGCUACCCUGCUGCCCCCAACUAUCUCAGAUCCCUUUCAUCAUGGAUGCCAACUUCAGCCUGAACCUGCUCCUCUGCCUCCUCUGUCUGCCCAUCCAGCUGUGCACCGGACAAGAGGCAGACUGUCCCUGCAACCUGAGCCACGGACGGUGUGAUGAAAGCGGCGUGUGCAGAUGCGAUCCGGGCUGGGAGGGACCACAGUGUGAGGACUGCGUGCGCAAGCCAGGCUGCCUCCACGGCUCCUGCCACCAGCCCUGGCAGUGCACAUGUGACAGUGGCUGGGCUGGACGUUUCUGCGACAAAGAUAUCUAUGUGUGCACUAAUGAGAAGCCCUGUCAGAAUGGAGGCACAUGUUUCACCGAUGACAUGGGGGAGUAUGCCUGCUUCUGUCCUGAGGGCUUUUGGGGCAGGAACUGUGAGCUGAAGAUGGGCCCAUGUGAGAAGACCAGGUCUCCCUGUAAGAACGGCGGCUUGUGCGAAGAUGACCGAGGAUAUGCCUCCCAACUCGCGUGCCGUUGCCUAGCAGGCUUCUCGGGGCCCCGCUGUGAGUUGGAUGUGGACGACUGUGUACUGCAGCCCUGUGCCAAUGGUGCCACCUGCCUGGAUGGCGUGAACCGAUUCUCGUGCCUGUGCCCCCCCGGUUACACCGGUCGUUUUUGCACCGUCAAUGUGGACGACUGCGCCAGCCGGCCCUGUGCCAACAGGGGUCGCUGCCUGGACCGAGUUGCCACUUUCCACUGUCACUGCCCCCCAGGUUUUGCAGGCAAGACUUGCGAGAUACCCCUGCAUAAUCUCAAUGCUGAGGCCAACACACCCAGCUGGACCUCCCGCGGGUGGGCCGGGACUGAGGGUGGGGUGACCUCACCCAGGCCCCACCUCACCGCCGCCAGCAACGCCUCCAACUGGGCCACGGCUGGCGGUGGCGAGCGACUGCUGAAGAUUUCGGUGAAGGAAGUGGUGACCCAAAGGGGUGUGGCUCUCACAGAGGUGCAGCUCAUCACCUUGCUGGUGCUGGGGGGCAUGACUGUGGCAGUGGUGGGCAUGACGGUCGUCCUGGUGCUCAGGGGCCACUGGAGGGACCGCUCGGCCCGCUACAGCCCGCCCCCUGGCCGCCUUAUGCCCACAGAGCGGGAGUGUAACAUCAGCUUCCUGCACAGCCCAACGCCACGGCUGGAGAAGAAACAGCUAAACACAGACGUGAUUUAGCCCCGAUGCAGCCGGCAAGCCACCUCCUACAAAUGCUUAUGGUCCUCUCGCCAGAGAAGACAAACAGGCUUUAGGGACACUACUAUAUGAUCCAGAUGGCUGCAGGUAGCAUGCUGGUACAAGCCCCAGUGCGGGAACCUGCUGUUGUACCACUGAGCAGGAUACUUAAUCUAACAUGCUCUAGUAAAACGUCCAGGUAUGCAAAUGACUGCUUUGGUUGAAAGUGUUGGCCAGACAGCGAAAUAAUGAUAUCAAUGGUAAAAAUAAUGGCCAUGCCCUCACCUGCACCAGGCCCACCCUUCUUGAUUGAUGGAGGGGGGAGUACAAUGGCAAAAAAAAACGUUGUUUAUGCUUCUGCAUAAGAGAAAUGGGGACAGUUGGAGGUGAAACUCCCUAAAAUUAGGAGCAGGACCCCAAAAGUGCUAGAGAUUCAGGAAAAUGCAUGAAUCAAAAUAUGAAAAUGUCUUUCUUUACAAGUUAUUAAAAAAAAUAUAUAGAGAGAGAGCAAGCUGAAUGUGAGUUUGGUCUCCUUAGAUGGGACAUGGUGACUGCACUUCAUUUCAGAAGCAAUUCCAGGACAGCGUGUGAUUAAGCAGGGACUGCAAAGCCAUGCCGAUUAAAAACAAGUUUCUCUGCUGUCACAGGCAAGCCAGUAACCUCAUUAAAAAGACAGUAAUGUGCGCUUCACCAAUUAUAUCCACGGUCUGUCAAAUAUCCAAAUUGCUAAACAGGACCAGAGGAAGCAGCAGCAGAAAGUUAACAGCUAGUCCACGGUUUAGGGUUAAAAGCUUCCAGAAAAAAAAGUUGCCAGCUGCAAGAUUUAUUAUGUAUAUUAGUUGGUAGCUAAAGACAUUUUGUACUUAUAUUUCAGGUUUAUAAAUAGACCCCAUCGUAUGAAUCCAGACAAUUUAUAUGUAUAUAUAUAUAUUUUUACCAGCGGUUUAUAUAUUCUUGUCUUGUGAAUUAUUUAAUGAAUUCAUUCAUGUUUUAUACAGCCAUUAAUGGAGAUGAGGACUGAUUGCACUUGUGGUGUGAUCCACCUCUGCCUCUGCAGACAGACCGAUGGCAAUUAAGUAUGAAAGAGUGUGGGGGGUAUUUGAAGGGUGGGUCACAUGUCAAUCUGCAUGUCUGCAAUCGUCCACACUCCCGUUGUAGAUUUGCUAUGUCAUAUUUAAAUCUGUAAAUGUAAUUUAUUGGUGUAAUUUAUUUGUGAGACUUGUGAGUAUACUGCAGUGUGUCCUAUUUUUGAUACCGAAUGUGUUCAUUAAAACUGUGAACUGUG